AUGGUUGUCGACUAUUCCAAGUGGGAUAAGAUUGAAUUAUCAGACGAUUCUGAUGUUGAAGUUCAUCCAAAUGUUGAUAAGAAGUCAUUCGUCAGAUGGAAACAACAAAGUAUUCACGAAGAAAGAAUGAAGAGGAACCAGGAUAUCAAAAAUUUGGAGACCCAAAUGGACAUGUAUGCAAAUUUAAAUAAACGUGUUGAUAAGCUAUUAAGGACAUUCACUGAAUCAGAUGGAAAUUUAGGAGAGUUGGCUAAUUUACCUUUAGUUGAGACGUUCCUUAAUGAGAAAUUUGAUAAGAAUGAAAAGUCAACAGGGGAGAACGUUGAUCCUGAUAUUUCAACAUACAACGAGAUGGUUAUUGAUCUAUUUGAACAAUUAAAAAGGGACGCUGUUAAGGAAAAGAAGGACCCGACUGACCCAAGGGUUAUUAAGGAACUUAUUCUCCAACACAGAAACAAAAUUGACAAAGUCACGGAAGAGGCUAAAUUAAAAUUAAAGGAAUUGUACCAUGAAAAGGAAAUGCAUAUAUCAUCUGAAGAUAUGCAUACUGGUUUUGAUAGUGGUUUCAUGAAUCCUAAAGUAGAUACUACUGCUGCCGAUAAAGAUACAAAAAAGAUAAACGAUGCCAUGGAAUCGAUUAACUUGAAAGCCAGCACACAAUCAAAGACUGAAUUGCCUAAGAGUUUAAAAAUCGACGCCCCUUUACAAUUCAUUGAAUACACAGACGAGAAAGAUAUGCUGAAGUUGGCUCCAGAAACUGAAUUCUUUGGUACAAAGAUUCCUUAUGAUAACUACAGAUUGUCACAAGAAUUUCUAUUGAAAAAUAUGCAAAUUAUCUCUGGACAACAAAAAGAUGCCUUGAUGAUGAAAUCUUUUGAGUAUCAAAUGGAAGAUAAAAAUUCUCCUAUGACUUAUCAAAUUAUUCAUCAAUCUGAAAUUCUAAGUUAUGUUCGUGAAAUUUAUGAUAUGAAGAAGAUACCAUUUUUAAGGGUUCAAGAAAUGCAAGAGGUUAUUGGAAUGUUUUUCAGUAAAAUCAUUUUCAAUCCUGCCAACAGUAAAGGUAAAGAGUCCUUCUUAGAAAGUGUAAAGACCAAGUACAACCAUGUCAAGAGCCGUUCUGAGAUCAUUAAACAGGAGCAGGCUGAAGAGAGUGAAGAAGGGGAAGUAGAAGGUGUUGAAACGAUUCAAUUAAAGUCACUGGAUGAUUCUGCCGAACUAGAGGUGGUGUUACCUGAUUUCGAUUCUAAGGACGAGAGUGAAAUGAAAAAAUGUGAAGCUUUUAAUAAAAUACCAAAGGAUAUGCAAGAGGCUUUGAAGACCCAAAAUUUAGAUACUGUAAACAAAGUAUUUGAAACCAUCCAUAUAGACGAGGCUGAAAGAAUUUUAGAAUUAUUUAAUGAGGCAGAUAUUAUCGGUGUAAGGGCAGUUCUUGAAAAUGAGGAUGAUUUUAAUCACAUUAAACAAGAUUACCAACAGCAGCUACAGAAUGAGGACAAUCAAGUGGAACCUCCAGCUGUCAUAGAGGAAGAAGAAAUUCCUGAUACAGCAGACAUAGUCGAUUAA